AUUACCUAUUACCUAUAUUCUUAUAAUUUACUAAAAUUCCAAGUUCUAAAUAGUUCACAACAUUCGAAAAAAAUUUAGAAAUACUGAUGAAUUUAAUAUUUAUCAUUUGGACCUAAAAUGCCGAACAUAUGUGUCGAUUCCAUUGCUGAAAAAUGCAUAAACUUGUAUGAAAAACUUCCAAAAUCAGGUAAACCUAUAGAAAAUGAAUGGACCGUACUAUCUUGUGUAGUACAAUAUGAUAAAGUUAGUACUACUUUCGACGUUGUUUCAUUAGGCACUGGGUCUAAAUGCAUUGGAGUCUCAAAAAUGUCUCCUGCAGGUAAUAUUUUAAACGACUCGCAUGCCGAAGCUUUUGCACGACGCGGCUUUUUGAUAUAUUUGUAUGAAAAUAUAAUUAACACUAUAGAAAACAAACAAUCCAUAUUCCAUAAAGAAGAAGAAAAAUUCAGAUUAAGAGAUAAUAUAGAAUUUAUUUUUUAUUCAUCACAGAUGCCUUGUGGGGAUGCAUCAAUAAUGACCAAAAUGGGUGAAGAAGAUGAUUUUGGUUAUAUGAUUAUAUCUAGUAAAAGAGAAGCUCAGAAUGACAACUGUCAUAUUGAAAGUAAAAGACAAAAGCUAGAUAUUCACAGAACAGGAGCAAAAUGUCUACCUAACACAGAACAAGAUCCAAAAAUGCCAGGAGUAAACUACCAUUUACUUGGACAAGUAAGAACAAAACCUGGAAGGGGUGACAGGACUCUAUCAGUUUCAUGCAGUGAUAAAAUGGCUCGGUGGAUACAUGUUGGAAUACAAGGAGCUUUACUGGACAUUCUCUUAUCAGAACCAAUCUUUAUAAGGUAUUUUAUAUUUGGUGCAGGUGUUCCAUACUGUGAUAUAUCAUUACAUAGAGCUCUUUUAAAGAGAAAAUGUGAUAAUGCUAUUGAAAAGAGACUUCCUUGUAUUCCUGAAUUCUACAGAUGUUCAAAAAUAUUUCCUGACAUCAGAGGCGAACAUAAAAUGAGGCCAGCUGCUGGAAGUAUUAUUUGGAUUAAAACAAGUCAAAAUUUGACAGAAGUAGCUGUUCACGGUCAAAAACUAGGAGUAACAAAGAAAAAAGCAAAUUCUCUUAGUGGUUCUUUAUGUAUCAGCAAAUACAACAUUUAUAAGAAAUUUCAUGAGGUUUUACUCAAACAAAAAACCUUGUGUAGUAGUGUUUGUGGUGAAGAGUUGUUGUGUAACAUUGAAUAUAACAAUAUGAAAAGAAAAGCUGUCAGAUAUAAAAAAAAUUGGCAUGAAACAAGAGAUACUUUCUUCAAAAUAUGGACAUCUAAACCAGAUAUUUGGAAUUUUUGUUUAAAUAAUAAUACAAAUUGAAAUCUUUAA